UGCCCGAGCCCCUCAGAGCGGCGGGGACGGCGCGGGGAGAGCGGCGAGGCGAGGCAGGGCAGGGCGAGGCAGGGCGAGGCGGGCAGCGCCGCCGCCCGGAGCAGGUCAUAAUGGUUUCCAUCCCUGAAUACUAUGAAGGAAAGAAUGUCCUCCUGACAGGAGCUACUGGCUUCAUGGGAAAAGUGCUUCUGGAAAAGCUGCUCCGAUCUUGUCCUAAAGUGCAAGCAGUGUAUGUAUUGGUAAGAUGCAAAGCAGGGAUGACACCUGAAGCACGAAUAGAAGAAAUCACCAGCUGUAAGCUCUUUGACAGGUUGAGAGAUGAGCAGCCAGACUUCAAAGCAAAAAUAAUAGUAAUUACAAGUGAACUUACAAAGCCUGAACUGGACCUUAGUGAACCAAUCAAGGAAAAACUUAUAGAAUGCAUUAAUAUAAUAUUUCAUUGUGCUGCUACAAUCAGAUUCAAUGAAACACUAAGAGAUGCCGUCCAGUUAAAUGUGACUGCCACACAACAGCUCCUCCUCUUGGCACAGCAAAUGAAGAAUCUGGAAGUGUUCAUGCAUGUUUCGACUGCCUAUGCGUAUUGCAAUCAAAAACAGAUUGGGGAAGUAGUUUAUCCACCUCCUGUGGAUCCCAAGAAACUGAUUGAUUGUCUCGAGUGGAUGGAUGAUGGCCUAGUGAAUGAUAUCACUCCUAAACUGAUAGGUGACAGACCUAAUACUUACACAUUUACGAAAGCCUUAGCCGAAUAUGUAGUACAACAAGAAGGUGCAAAAUUAAACACAGCCAUUAUAAGGCCAUCUAUUGUUGGUGCUAGCUGGAAGGAGCCUUUUCCUGGAUGGAUCGAUAACUUCAAUGGACCUAGUGGUCUCAUCAUUGCUGUAAGUAAUGAAUAUACUGAUUUUUUUUUUUUUCCCCUCUUUUUAAAAGGCAACAAAGUUUCAUGGGUUUUACCUCAAUCUCUUUUUGCUGUUGUUUUGUUCUUUAAGGCAGGAAAAGGAAUUCUUCGAACAAUAAGAGCUUCCAACGAUGCACUAGCAGAUCUUGUUCCAGUAGAUGUUGUUGUCAAUAUGACACUGGCUGCAGCCUGGUAUUCUGGAGUUAAUAGACCAAAUACUGUCAUGGUAUAUAACUGUACAACAGGUGGCACCAAUCCUUUCCACUGGGGUGAAGUUGAAUACCAUGUCAUUUCUACUUUCAAGAGGAAUCCUCUGGAACAGGCCUUCAGACGUCCCAAUGUGAAUCUCACUUCCAAUCACUUUUUAUUUCAUUACUGGAUUGCUGUAAGCCACAAGGCACCAGCAUUCCUGUAUGAUAUCUACCUCAGGAUCACUGGAAGAAGCCCAAGGAUGAUGAAAACAAUAACACGCCUUCAUAGGGCCAUGAUGUUGUUGGAAUACUUUACAAGCAAAUCUUGGAUCUGGAAUACUGAAAAUAUGACUAUGCUAAUGAACCAGCUAAACCCUCAAGACAGAAAGGUGUUUAAUUUUGAUGUUCGACAACUACACUGGGCAGAAUACAUGGAAAAUUACUGCAUGGGAACGAAGAAGUACGUGCUGAAUGAAGAAAUGUCUGGCAUCCCAGCAGCUAGAAAACACUUGAAUAAGUUAAGGAAUAUACGCUAUGGCUUCAACACAGUUCUUGUGAUCCUGAUCUGGCGCAUCUUUAUUGCAAGGUCACAAAUGGCAAGAAAUAUCUGGUACUUUGUGGUUAGUCUGUGUUACAAGUUCCUCUCCUACUUCAGAGCCUCCAGUACGAUGAGAUACUGAAGAAGAGAAUUUGGCAUUAGGACAUCUAUGCAUCUGGUGGUCUAACUGCACAAAGCCUGUAACAUGUAGUCAUCUCACAUUUUGUAAAAGAAUAAUUUCAUCUUAAAUUGGAGUGAAAAUUUAUGAUAUACUAUAUGUAAUAUUAGUUGUGCAUCUUCCUGGAAACAGAGAAAAUAAAAUGGUCAAGUGCCAGGUUGAAUUGGCAUUAGAAAAAGCAUUUAAAUAACUCACCUGGGGAAAACAUUUUAGACCACUGACCAACAUAACUGUGCAAUUUGGACCGUGUUUGAUUGAAAUCUGCCUUAACAUGAUUUUUUUCUUAAGUUUUACUCCACAUUGAGCAAGAUUAAAAAACUUAUUUAGUAGUUGUUAGUUACUGUACACCUAUUUAUUUGAAAUUCUUCUAAAUUACAAAGGGUUUUGCAAGUUGCAAAAGUGUAUAAAUGAUGGUGGAUCUCUGAAAAGAAUUACUUGAGGACUUUUGAAACUUGUCUUUUUGCCACUCUUCCCUUCUCAAAGUAGGGAUGCAACAAUGGUGCCUACUUUGCUUUAAAAGGAUAAAAAAACCAAACCCACAACCUUCCUUCAUUCCUUACUUACUGAAAGACCUUCUCUCCAAUCUGGUCUUCAGAAUGUACUUGGUGAUUCAGUUCUGUGCUCGAAAUUGGCCACAUGCAACUUGCAUUUAUGUCAGCAUGAACAGUUUGCUUCUCUGAAAGCAUAAUUGAUCCUCUCCUUGAGUAGAUAAAAGGAAAUGUAAACCUGAGGAGGCAAAAAUAAAGUCACUGAGCAACCUCUUUUAAUUAUAUCUAUUGAAUGCGGAGCCAGCAUUUGAUUGUCACACUUCUGACUUCAAAAAGUAAAAGUAUUUGAGAGGAGUUUAUUAUACUUAGUUGCUGUUUAUAUUACUGGUAAUAGUAGUUGGACAAACUAUAGGCUUUCAUAAAGAGAUAUACCUGGAUUUAAAUUCUAAGCCAUGUUAGCAAAUACUUCAUGACUUAAUAUUUUCUUUAAUCCCUGAGCUAUGGAAUUUGAUGCAUGGACGACACCAAUGCAUAAGCACACUUUCUCAGCCCUGCACCAAUUAAAACCUCUCAUCUCACUGGGCAAGCAGAGCAAGAUGCACCUUGCUUCAGAUCAAAAAUAUUUUAACAAUUCUUCCAUCUAUCUUUUAACUUAAAUUAUUAGGUGUAAAUAUGAAGAAAUAUGGGGUUUUUUUCUGCUUGUUACUUUGUUUUGAUAGGGAAAACACUUGUAAAACAAGCAAGUUGUAAGAAAAGAUUGAAUGCUUGUUUAAGGCAAUACAGGAAGAUUGCUUUAAAGUUUGGUUGCACAGAGUUCUGUCUAAGAACACUGUAAUGUACCUCUAACUGAUGCACUGACCAGCACCGUUGCCCAGUGUUUUAUCAUUAAAACAAGAAGCUGCUUGGAAAGGCACAUUAUGACUUAAUUACACAAGAGGUACAUUAUACCUGCCCUUGGUAGUUUUUUGUCCUAUUUGAAUUAAGUAUGUAAAGAACUUAUUUUGCUAUUCUUGUGAUAACUCUUACUUUAAAGAGAACACCUUUCGUGCAGGUGUAUUUCUCAUUUUGAAAAGAUAAUGGCUUCCUUGCUGAAGCUAAAUAUUCUGUAGUAUUAGUUAAGCUGUAAUUCCUUUUUAAAAUUACUUGUGUAUAUAUAGAGCUAGUGAUGAAAAGCCUAAAUGGUCUAGGACCGCACCUUGUGUGAGAGACCUCUGACUGUGGCUGAAAAUGAAUUAUGGCUUCUGUGAUUGAAGAUGUUACACUUUAACAAAUACAUUAGAUAUAUUACAUUUUAGUUGCCUCCCCAAAUAUCUUGUUAGACCUGAAAGUAUGCUUAAGCAUUCUUGCAUUGUAGAGUUUUUUCAGAGGUGCCUACUAUCCAAUGACAUCCCUUGUCCCACGUUGGCUUGUGGCUGAAGUUUGCUGAAGAUUAAUACAUCAUAUUCUGAAAAUUAUUCUGUGAACCAAUUCACAUAUGCAUUUUGGUUGUUCAUAACUGUUAAUACAUGACACUUUUAAUAUUGAUUUGUUAAUACUGAGAACUAUGAAGCCAAUGAACUGAUUCUGGUCUAAAACACUGUUUAGAAAUCUAUUAUCUUGAAUAAGUAACAAAGAAGAUUACUUUAAACAUAAGGUUAUUUAACCUCUACUCUUCAAACAUUUGCCAAUUUAGAAACCUAAAUUUUUCCCCUCUUCAGAGACUGUGGUUCUGUACACUCACUAUUGGUAUGUUACCCAAAUUCAUCAGUCAUCCUAUUUAACUGACAAUAGAGUCAGUGUCACAUUUAUUGCAUUAGUUUUGUCACUUCCUGUGGUCAGUCUGUAAAAUUCUCUCUGAAACUACUGGGAUUUUUUUUCCAUAUCAGAACACCAUUUUCUUGCCGUUCUUCAUACCAUUGUUUGCACAAAACAGAUGUUGAUCAAAAAUAUACCAGAACUAUAUUUUGAUACAGUAAGCUAGACUUACUGCACUGACUAGCAAGUUACAGGAGGUAUUCCAGUUGGUUAAAUAGGAAGAGGAGGAGUCUGAAACAACAUGAUCACUUCACAGUUCCUGAUAUUUAAAUUUGGGACCAGGAAAAAAUUACAUUUUCCUGUAAUGUUUUUCUCUGCUGUAGGAACAGAUGUUUGAAAACAAAUGCUAAAUCUGUGAGCUUUUAUAAGACAUAAAAAGAAAUAUUGGGUGCCUUUGUUUGUAAACCAAAAAUAAACAAAUCCCUUGAAA